GAAUAUUGAAUGAGUCGUUGCCAGUCGGAAUUUUUAUGUUGAAAUGUCUGUUUGUGGUUGCGAUUUCCUCCAAGAAGAUGAUGUUGAAAAUCGGUGUCGCCAGCUGUCUGUCUUUGGCCGUUCUUACCAUCUUUAACAGUCACGUGACUGCGCAACCAGAUCCGGACAUGUGUGAAUGUGAAUGUGAUUAUCACGACAAGCUUCAAAAGUGGAAAGAGAGAGCCGAGGAAGAAAAACGUCUUAACGUCACCGCUGAGGAAAAACGAGAGGAGGCAGAAAUCGAGCUCAAAAACACCAAACGACAACUAGCAGUUAACACGUCAACGCUGUCCUCCAACACCCGGAAGUAUGUCAGCGCCGAAGACAACCGAACUACCGCCGUUAGCCUCGGUUUCAUGGGAGCUGUGUUAAUAGCCUUCAUGGUAGCUGGUAUUGUCGCGUGUGACUUAAUUUCAAUCAAGCAGCACGUGUACGCCGCCAGAACCGGUGACUUCGCACACGCCAAGAAACAACGUUAGGUUUUCACUGGACACGUAAACGGUGAUAUGUGUUGCAAUCUCUCUCAGAGUGCCUUACGCAAGCGUGGACAAUAUUACGUAGCGGAAAAUACCGGUGCUUGCCGGAAAGAUCCGAAGAUCCUGUCAGUGUCGUGUGUGUUGAUGAUGUGUCGUAAUCAGUUGAGUUUAGCCGAGUUGAAGAUCUUUUAUAGAGAAAGACAAGAUGUUUCACAAUUUAAUUAUGGAUAUAUUGCAUGUUUACAGAAAUGAAUUAAUAAUGGCAGAAAUCGUUCACUUUAAAGAGGGCAUUCCUUCGUUCCGACAUCAGGAACGUGCAAAGUUUCUAUUGAUAAAAUCUAAUCCCAAAUGAGGAUUAUAUGAGUUUUUGUGUCUACCAGUAAUGAAAGUAACGCCGAAAUGUACAGAAAAAAUGACGACGUUUCGUACACAAAUAACGUUUUAUCUUUGCGGUAAUUAGUGAUACUUCGAGUCCAAUUAAGAAGUUUAUGAUUCAAUACUUGAAGCACUUUGGUUUCCCUUGAAAGUAAAACUGACAUGUUAAUUUAAAGAUUAUAGCUUUGACUUCUUGGGAAAAAUACACAUUAACUUUCGUUUUGGCGACAUACACUUUAUUCAGACGAAGGAAUGUCCCUUUAAUUCAUUCUAUCAUAGAUUUUAUAACUGUGUUUUAGUUACUUAUAUUAAUGUAAAAAGACCGGCCAGGACGUCAGCCCACGAGCACAAAAGUUAUGAUAGUGAGCGUGUAUCAUUACAAAUACCGAACGAGACAUUGUCUUCAGCCACCGUAUCAGUUCAGCAUGCCCCGCCUGGUCACGGUCCUCAAUCUAGAUUAAAUAUGGAUAAUGUCGAGUCUACGGAUUAGAAAUAUUUCUCGCAAUACAUUCAUAUAUAUAAAAAAAUCUUUAUUUACAUUUUCUCAAUAAAACAUUAUUUUCAAAUUAA